CCGUAUAAAUAUGCGGAGAUAAUUGGUUUAGAGCCGCCACUGGCCUUGGCCAUGAUAUGGGGAGAACUCUUGGCGAAAUACCUCUUCAGUUCAUAUCAAAUCAUCGAAGAAGAAACCAGAAAAGUGAACGAACGGUUGCCCCGAGAUGGCAAUUAAACAAUGCUGUUUAUGUUUAGUUUCAUUGCUGAUUGUAAUCCCAAGCGAUGGCGCUCCCAAGUCGAAGAAGAGUGAUCAUCAUUCACCCCACACCCUGUAUGAUCAGAAGCAGACGGGAGAUUACAACAUCCAAUUGCAUCUGAAAGAUUUUCAGAUAAUUGCGGUGCUGUCGGACGAGGCCAGCUCCCUGGGGGAUUACGAUUACGAUUAUGAUUAUUCAGAUUUCACCGUGAAACCAGCCACACAAAAGCCAACAGAAACUGCUUCUAUAUCCUCAUCUUCAACAUCGGCGUUUCCUUCUAGCACUCCCGUUGGGGACAAUCCAUCCUCAACUGUCAAACCGUCUAAUCACCCCUACCCGAUUGUCUCUCCAAGCACAGAGAGCUCAAAAGAAAAGGAACCCACGAAAACCGAAGAAAGUUCGGUUUCCACCGAAAGUCAAAGCAACGAGCCUUCUAAAGAUACUGGCUCUUCUACUACUACACCAAAAACUCUAAGAAAAGAUGAAUACAGCGCACCUGGUAAGAUAAAAGUACAAAUUAUUGAAACCCCUGUCAGUGUAGGAAUAGUGCCUGGGGAAGAUGUCCAUGAACCCAGUGAAAACUUGCCUCAAGGCGAGAUUUUGCAAUUGAAGCGAUGUGCUUCUGGUUUCUCGAGGGAUAAGAGGGGAAGGUGCAGACGAGUCCGACGACCCGGAAACUCCUCUCCGCAUCUGCAAUACGGAAUCAGUCGGCUCGCCAGUAAUCUAGCAUCAAGAUUCAGACACGGCUCUUCUGAUGUUUCGUCUUCAUCCUCAGAGUCUUCGGAAAAUUAGUUUAGAUUAGUAGAAUAAGUAUAUUUAUUUAUUUUUUAGUUUGAUUAGUUUCAAUUACAUUUCACAUGUGGCCAUCUCAAUGAUCUGAUAAACUGAAUACUUAUAUCUAAAAUCA